CACCCACCUGCUUCACUGAACUCGCGCAGGGUCGCGUGUCGCGCGCCGAAAACGUGAAUGCCCAACUACCCCCUCUAGCUUAGCAGCGAGGCAACGCAGCUACACUAAAACACUGUUUAUUAUCUGUAUUUCUGUAAUAAAGCCUUAGAUAAUCGUACAAGCAUACAUUUAUAAAGCGUUAUGCUAGAAAUGCUCUGAAUUAGUUACUUAAUAAUUAUGAGAUUGCUACAAACAAUCUUUUCCGGUUGUAUGUUGCGUCACGUCCGGGGUACUUGAACGUUGCAUUUGGCGUUUUUGUGCGGCUUUCAGGUGUACUUGGGUUUCAACCUGCAUAAUGAAGAUCGUUACGUGGAACAUAAACGGCAUCAGGACGUUUAAAGGCGGCAUAAAGAAGACUCUUGAUUCUCUGGACGCCGAUAUCAUCUGUGUUCAGGAGACAAAAGUAACGAGAGACCUACUGGAUGAAAAAACCGCCAUUGUUGAAGGAUACAACUCCUUCUUCAGCUUUAGUCGAGGACGCAGCGGCUAUUCAGGUGUUGCUACUUACUGUAAGGACAUUGGCACUCCUUUGGCUGCUGAGGAGGGCCUCACUGGUCUGCUGACCAAUCAUGAAGGUGCUGUUGGUUGCUAUGGAGACCACACUGACUUUUCAAAUGAAGAGCUGCAACUUUUGGACAGUGAAGGACGAGCCCUCAUAACACAGCACAAAAUCCUCUGUCAGGACAAAGAACAGACGGUUACUGUAAUAAACGUGUACUGUCCACGAGCCGACCCUGAGAAGCCAGACAGGAAGCAGUUCAAGCUCCAGUUCUACAAGCUGCUUCGGUGUCGGGCUGAAGCUUUGCUAAAAGACGGGAGCCAUGUGAUCAUUCUAGGCGACGUGAACACAUCUCAUCGGCCCAUUGACCACUGUGACCCAGAUGAUGUUGAUGAUUUUGCUGAGAACCCUGGGAGAAAAUGGCUGAAUGAGUUUUUGCACAGCGGCAGUCCGGACGAUGACGACGCUGAAAAAGACCACGAUGUGGAGUCGGAGGUGACGGAUCGCAUUCCUGCAGGGAAAUUUGUGGAUACCUUUCGAUACUUCCACCCAGCUCGUACCAACGCCUUCACGUGUUGGUCCACCCUGACGGGAGCACGGCAGACCAACUACGGCACACGGAUUGACUACAUAUUUGCGAACUAUGAACUUGUCACAGAGCAGUUUGUGGCAGCAGACAUCACACCAGAAGUGGAGGGGUCAGAUCACUGUCCUGUCUGGGCACGACUCUGCUGCUCUCUCCUUCCCAGCUCCAAGCCUCCUCCCCUCUGCACUCGCUACCUGCCUGAAUUUGCCGGCAAACAGCAGAAGCUCUCGCGCUUCCUUGUUAAGGUGGACCAAAAACGGACUCAGCCUGAGCAGAAGACUAUCUUACCUGGUUCUCAGGAGGAGGAGGAAAGGAGGGAGAACUUAAACCCGUUUCUAAAAGAUAGCAUCACUGGUAAAAAGCGGCCAUUAAUCUCAGACUCUGCUGUCCCAAAAGGGAAAAAGACAAAGUUGGGUAGCAGUUCUGUGAAGCCACAGGGCAACCUCCUCUCAUUCUUCAAACCCAAAUCCGUUCGUGACAAGGCUCUGGUUCUGGAUGAAGGUUCCCCCACACACAGCAGCCAAAGAGAAGCCCCCACUACUGACUUGAGUUCAGCCACAGACGCCUCGACUGAGCCUGGUUUGGCCCAGCCAUGCGACAGCAGGACAACCACGGAGACGCGUAAACCGAGUACUUUAACCACACAGCCCAACGCGGGACAGUCCGAGGUCAAGAAAGGGUCAUCAUCAGUGUUUUGGAAGUCUGUGCUUCGUGGCCCACCCCCACCCCCCUGCUGUAAGGUCCACGGGGAACCCUGUGUGCUUCGUACGGUCAAAAAGGAGGGGCCCAACGUGGGCAAACGGUUCUUUGUGUGCUGCAGACCUCAGGGACACGCCUCCAACCCAGAGGCUCGCUGUAGUUUCUUUGCCUGGGUUGACAAAGGAAAGUGAGCAGCCGUGUUGUUUUGACCCCACUAAGACACAAAUGCUGAUCUGGUGUUUUUUUAUCAAUAAAACUGAAUUAGAUCGUAA